AUGCCGACUGCAGAUAACGAGAUUCUUCACCAACGUAGUCUCACCAAAGAAGAAAUAACCUUUCCCAAAAUUGCACUAACUGAUACUGGAUCCCUUGAAAUAAACAUCCUGGCUGGUGUGUGGAAUGAGAAUACAGCAAACGCACAUUGUCAUGAAGAGUUCCAGCUUGAGAAAUACGCUCAUUCAUUUCUAUCUUCCCCGGACCACGUGAAUGAGUUUGAGGAAACCUGCGAGCCAGCAAUCGAGACAGAUUUUCCAAAUAAGAAACAGAAGAUGAACUUUGAACAAAGUUAUGAACUUUGGUUAAGACAUGGUUGUUUGAAUGGUGAAAUUGGCGAAAGUGUCGAGCAAUAUGAAACAGGUAAUUGCCUAAAGACUGGUUUACACUAUAAACGUUUCUGUGAUCACAGUAGGAACUGAUUUAGUGUUCAACACUGAGUCAGCUCCCUCAAACAAUUCUUUUAAAUCCUCCAAAACUUAGAAUUUACCUAUUCAAAAUUCCUACUGUGAUCACAGAAACUUUAAUAGUAUAAACCAACCAAUCACAUCGUAAUAAGGACUUCGUUUUCUUUAUAUUCAAUAUUUUUCCUAGAAUUUGAUGAACACCCAAGAACUAAGAUACGUUCUGCAACAACCUUCGAACAUGACAAUCAAGGCGAUACUCUUAAAUACUCUGAAGAAUCUCUCGUGCACGCUCGUUAUCUGACUACACAAAUUGUUCCAGAUAUGUAUAAUGCCCAGGAUCAGUCGCAGGCGCAGCCAAUGAAAGAUUCAUCUCGCGCAGUUCCAUCUGGUGCAGACGAUGUUAUAAUGGAUAGCACAAAUACAUCAUUGCAGUAUUCUCGACAAAGCCACAAAACAUUCGAGGCCGUAAAGGAAGAAUCCUGCAUUACACCUGUAUCAUAUGAUCAAGGUAAUAUGCACUGAAAUAUUUUAAUACAAAAGUAUAAACAUGAACGGCCGUGUUCACUGUUGCAUAUACAAACGGAUAUACAAACUCGAGCCGAACUAAAUCAAAUGGCUUGUGAAACGUAACGUCUUGAUGAGAACAUUGGUAUUCUUCAACAAUUUAACAUGAAUGAAUUACGGAUAUACAAACUCUUUCACGGUUAUGAUUUCUUUUGUGUUUUCUUCAUGCAUUAUUGAUGAGUUUCACCAAUUAUUUUACUGUUAUUUCCCAUACAUAGGAUUACCCUCACAGACAGCUAUCUUGGCAAGGCAAGGAAGACGAAAGCUUAGGGUUGGUUUGUCAAAAUCAACAAGAGUCAAACCAUUACAUCCUUAUUGGUCGAAGGAUAGAAUAAAAGAAAGCGGGCCCAUUUCUUGAUAUUUCUGAUCACAGACAGUUAAGUAUAAAUAUUGUCAUGUUAAAUAUUUUGAAUGCUAAUUUAACUUAAAUUGUUCUUAAAUGGAAUUAAUUAGUUUCAAGUUUAUGUAAAUAUACGAAUCAUUGUAUUAUAAAAUGGUG